AUGGCGUGCGCGGAGCGCUGCUGCCGCUGCUGCGCGGAGGGCCGGCGGCACGGCAGCAUCCUCUACAGCAUCCUCCGCAGCGAGGAGCGGGCCGUGCCGCCGGCCGGGCCGGCGCCGCGGGGCUGCCCGUGCGGGUCGCGGCGGAGGGUGGCCCUGCGGAGCCCGCAGGUGGCCUGCAAGGCGGCCUCGGCCGUGCUGGUGAAGACGCUGCGCUUCGUCCAGAACGUGCCCUGCUUCCAGGAGCUGCCGCUGGAGGAGCAGCUGCUGCUGGUGCGUAGCUGCUGGGCGCCCCUGCUGCUGCUGGGGCUGGCGCAGGAGCGGGUGCACCUGGAGACGGUGGAGAGCGCGGAGCCCAGCAUGCUGCAGCGCAUCCUCACCGCCCGGCAGCAGGGCGAGCAGCCGCGGCCGCCGGCACCGGCACCGGGCCGGCCGCACCACGGCCCGCACCUGCCCUCGGCCGGCGAGAUCCAGGCUAUCAAGGGCUUCCUGGCCAAGUGCUGGAGCCUGGACAUCAGCACCAAAGAGUACGCUUACCUCAAGGGGACGGUGCUCUUCAACCCGGACCUACCUGGACUGCAGUGUACACAGUACAUUGAAGGAUUGCAGAGGGAAGCACAACAAGCUCUAAAUGAACAUGUCAGACUCAUUCACAGAGGUGAUGAAGCCAGAUUUGCCAAGCUGAAUUUUGUUCUCUCCUUGUUAAGAUCUAUUAAUGCUAAUGUGGUUGCUGAAUUAUUCUUCAGGCCCAUCAUUGGAGCAGUGAACAUGGAUGACAUGCUUUUGGAAAUGCUUUGUGCAAAAUUAUAAUUAAAAUUGUAAAGAUGUGUAAAAUAAUGAAAAGAAGUCCAGUACAAAGGAAGCUCCAGAGCAGGCUAGUGUACAGUAUUGUAAAUAAACUAACUUAUUGUUUUUACAUAGAUAGUAUUUUUGUAUUCCAUAAUAAAAUAUUCUUCAAGUUCUGAAAG